CCUGGAGGUGGUGGAAGGAGGACAGAGAGACAAACUAGUCCAGAAACACUCUGCACUCUUUGAUGAGCUAAUGGAUGGUGUUGUCUCUGCUGGAGACUAUGAUCUGCAGGCUACGAUGGUGGAAUGCUGCAUCAGUGCACUGAGGGAGAGUGGUGGGCGGAGUAGCCACGCCCACCGGUGGUUCUCAGACCACACCCUCAUCUCUGCCUUCAUG